AUGUCCAAAGUCACGCUCGCUCUCGUUGCCGCAGGCGGCGCCGCGUUCGGAGCAGCAACCACGGCCGCCCUGUUCCCUCGCAAGACCGCCAGCCCGGUCAGCGUCAACACCCCCGCCGCUCCAUUCCCUACUCCCGCUGCCAAUGUGCCACUAGCUGUCGGCAAACCCGCCGGUGUCCAGGAAGCUCUCGCUGCUGUCGCCCGAUCCGUCGACCCUAAUGGUCUCUACCAAUACGGAUUCCCUGGCCCUGUGUCGGACUUGAGGGCAGCCGCAUCCCUGACCUCUGCAUACGAUCGCAGAACGCGAAACCCGGCGUGGGUGGUCGAGCACAUUACCCCCGAAUCGCUCAAGAACAGCAAUGCCGACCGCAAGCACUCUGUGUUCGUCGAGGACGACGCCAUACCAGAAAAGUUCCGCGCGAAGCUCAAGGAUUACUUCCGCAGCGGCUAUGACAGAGGCCACCAGGUUCCUGCUGCAGACGCAAAGUGGUCGCAGCAAGCCAUGGAUGAUACAUUUGCGUUGAGCAACAUGUGUCCUCAGGUUGGCGAGGGGUUCAACAGAGAUUACUGGGCUCAUUUCGAGGAUUUCUGCCGUCGUCUCACUGGACGCUAUCCUUCUGUGAGAAUAGUGACUGGGCCUUUGUAUUUGCCCAGGAAAGAGGCAGAUGGCAAGUGGAGGGUUAGCUACGAGGUCAUUGGUAACCCUCCCAACGUUGCUGUGCCCACGCAUUUUUACAAGGUCAUUUUCGCGGAAGAUGGAAAGAUUGGCGGAAAUGUUGCUUUGGGUGCUUUUGUGUUGCCUAAUGCGAGGAUUGCGAAUGACAAGCCUCUGCAAGACUUUGAGGUGCCCCUUGAGGCUGUGGAAAGAGCAUCUGGCCUUGAGUUCGCAGCGCUGCUUCCUCCGGCACAAAGAAAGUCGCUGUGCAAGGAAAUCAAGUGCUCCAUCAUCGUCAAGGAUUACUCGCAAAGGCAAAAGACACUGGCCAACCCUCCACCGCCUCCCAAGGCCAAUCUAUAA